UUAAUUGAUGUUGAUAAAAGUGUGUUUUUAUAUUUAUAAAUAAUGUUAAAAGUUUUUGGACUGUGUCUGUAUUUUGCGAGUUCUAAUGUAAGUUUGUUUCGCUGUGACCUAAUAGUGCCUCAAGUAUUCAUUCCGGAGCUAAAACUAUAUCCUCAAAACCCACCAAAAUUACCCGUACUCUACUUAACCGAACAAAAUUUCUCAUUGCCCCAGUUCUGCCAACACGCCUCAGAAUGGGAAGACGUGGACAUGUCGCUUAAAAUCUUGACAGAUUUCUCAGAGCCAGAUCCAGAAAGAUCAACGUUCGCAUCUUUUAUUAAUCUUAUAAAGUUCAUCCUAAUCAAAGAAGAACUAACUUGCAUAGACGCUAUGAGCGGACCUAUUAUACAAGUACGGCGCCCAGAGGGGAAGAUUUUUAAAGAUAACAGCAAGAUUCUAAACGAUAUAGAAACAGCGUUAGCUAAUAAGCCUAAAAUAAAAGCGAUGCCUGUAGAUUUUUAUGAUAAUAUUGACAUUUCAAAUUUGUGUCCGAUUUGGAGACCUAGGGUACCUUAUAGAAGAAGAAAUAACAACGCUAUUCCUAUAGUCAAAGUUAAGUCUAAUUCAACUUGUGCUUGUACAUGUACGAAAGCGCCGCAGAAUUUGAGUCCUGUACCGAUUAUUGGUGGUAAUUUGAACGCAAUGGCCAAGGGAAUAGCGUCUCAAAAACUAACCUUGCAACCAACUGGCUGUUCGCUACAGAGUCUUCCUUCAACUGACAGAAAACCGGUAGCUUUAGGUUCCGGAGUAAUUUGCAAUUUGUGCCAUAGAAUGGCAAGUCCACUUAUGGGUGGUUGCCCGAAACUUACUGCACCAAUUUUGAAUGGUUACCCAAGUCAAGUAUUGGCUGGAAUGGGUAGUUGUCCUAAAAUAGCAAGUUCAUUAUUGUCUGGCUGUCCGAAAUUAGCAAGCGUCGCGCCUGGAAUGGGCCUUGGUUGUGGUUGCCCGAAGACGAAUAUGAUUUUAGGUGGUUGCCCAUAUGCGAACUCGAUGUUAGGUUGUCCAAAAUGCGGUUUAGGCAAUUGUGAUUGUCAAGCAAAACAGGCUGUAUCAGUUCUGCAAAGCGAAGCACCUUUGAUGGAUUGUUUCGGUAAUUUAAUGAAACAAUUGAAGACUACUGUUUUAGUGCCAUAUACUAUGACAAAAAUAGUUGCUUGACGGAAACGAACAAAAUAUCGUUAAUUAAUUAAAAACUCAAAUAAGCCUUAUUUGAGUUUAGUUUUUAACUGUACAGAGGCCCAAUUUGACUCGAGAAAGUCACAAGUGGCGAUUAUCUAACGAUCUGUCAAAUUUUGAAAUUCUAUAAAUUGCUAUAGGGUACCUACCUACCUAAUUACAUAUAUUAUGGUUUUAUCGUCUUUCAAAAUUUGACAAUCAAUCUCGACACGAAAAAUUAGCGCCCAUCACAAAAACAUAAGUAUAGUAACAUAGGACGUACCUAGCAUACAAUUUAGUAAGUCACGUCACCUUCUGUUACUUGCCUCAGUCGAAUCGGGCCUAUAUUAUUGUAAUAUUUAAUAAUUUAUUGUUAUACAAACAUUACAAAC